UACCUUAAAAUUUACGCAAAUAUCGCUUUUCAGUAUACAAUUUCAUCUCUUAGUGAACCAUACGACUUGAUCAUGGCCGAAAACGAUCUUCCGACUUCUAAUCAACCGCAGGAUGAGCGCGAACAACAGAGCUUGAAGUACCUGGAUGUAGUGCAAAAAGUAGCACAGACUGCAGUUCCUUAUGUAUCAAAGGCCUAUGAUUAUGCUAAAGAGAACAGUGGGUCCCUCAAACCUGGAGUGGAAACUAUAGAAAGUACUCUCAAGACUGUUGUUGGCCCUGCUUAUGAUAAGUUCCAUGAGGUCCCUGUUGAGGUCCUCAAGUUUGCUGAUCAUCAGGUUGAAGAGUCUGUUAGCAAAGCCAAGUCUACAAGUGUGGCUUCUGACGUCAAGAAUGUAGGCGUGGUGGAAACCGCAUCUGGACUCAUGAAAACUGCAUACACUACGAUAGAGCCAACUGCGAAAGAACUUUUAACGAAAUACGAGCCAGUUGCAGAGCAACAAGCUGCUUCAGCUUGGCAAUCUCUUAGCAAGGUUCCACUCUUUCGUAGUGUGGCAAAGGCGCUUAUCCCUACAGCAGGUUACGUUUCUGAGAAGUACAACCAGACUGUGAAACAAACAAACGAGGAAGGAUACAAGGUUUCUUCUUAUCUGCCAUUGGUGCCUACUGAGAAGAUUGCUAAGGUAUUCAAGGAUCCAGAGACUGAAGAAGAUCCAGAACCAGUGGUUUCCAGUGGAGAAGAAGGAGCUCUGGGGGUGGCUCGUUGAUUGAGAUCAAUAUUGCUAUGUGGAGAUUUGAUAGCAUGUAUGGUAAAUUCUCGUUUUGGUUCUGUUAUCGUUGUUUGUUCUCUCUGGCGUUUACAAGAAACAUACAAAUAAGUAAUAUUGCUAAUAACUUGUUUAAUGGUGAAAUGCGAGACGAUGCAACAAGACUAGCUGAUUAGGAAAUGUUAAGGUAGAUGAAAACAUAUGAAUUGAUUGAUAUAUGUGACUUAUUAUUAUUUGUUUAUUAAGCAUUGGG